CCCCUGCUUCCGCAACUUGGAGACGGUGACCGUCACUGACGUCACCAUGAACCUGCUGACCGUCACGGUCAGGGAGAACUGCACCGACGAGGGCUUCUUCCGCGGGAAAAGAUGAAAGACCCGCUCCCACGUCAUUAGACAUGCUCCUCCUCUCUGCUCUCCUCGGCUUCUUUGGAGGUUUCGCAGCGUGUCGGAGAUGUUUCUGCGCCGACUUGUCUUCCUCAUCUGCUUUCUUACCAGUCGUCAGCUGCGGCUUGGGGCGGCGGAUCUUUGCAACUGGAGUGGCAGUGGUUUCCCCGCCGGAGUGGACCCCAGGACGGUCCUGCAGGUGCGUCUCCGCUGCACAGAGGGUUCCGUGAGGUGGGUCCACCCGGGCCCAGCUCUGAGGGUGGUCCUCCAGCCCAAUCUCUCCUCCGCUAAGCGCACCUCAAUCUGCAUCAAACCGUUCCAGACCUUGGGCGGCGCCAACCUGUUCGUAGAAAGGGGCGGGACACUGGAGCUGCUGGUCACGGACGAGCAGAGGGCAGAAAAUGUCAGGUGUUUUCCAGCAGAGGGACCACAGAUGCCCGCCAUCUACAUCCAGAUGAGCCCUCUGGGAGACGGACCAUGGAGUCCACGUCGGAUGGGUUUUAGAUAUGAGCUGACGGCCAACAGGAGAGCGACAACCAGCCUGGACCACACGACUGCGUGUCGGCCAUGCAACCAUACAGAGCUGCUGAUGGCCGCCUGCAACAGCGACUUUGUGGUCCGAGGCAACAUAGACAAGGUGCUGCACGACCUGGCUGGUCACCUGUCGUUGGUGGAAGUGUCGGCGGCGAGGGUUCACUGGCAGCGUAGCGCCGUGUUCCGCCGUCAUUCUGACGCUCCCGGGUCGUUGAACCCGUGGCGCGGCGUCAUCCGGGCACACCUGCAGUGUGGCAUCAGGCCCGGGGACGGAGAGUUUCUUUUCACGGGGUCAGAACACUUCGGGGAAGCCUGGCUGGGGUGCGCCCCACGUUAUAAAGACUUUUUGUCCAUUUACCAGACCGCUAAGGCGUCACGGCAGAAUCUCUGUGACUUUCCUUCGGACUGAGGUUCUGUUUGGUUCUGCGGGACGUCAGGCUGAGAGUCGGUCUUUGUCUCCCCCAUCAUUGGCCUCUUCCAGGGGAGAGGAGCAGGCUCUUUGUGGCCCCGCUCUUGUUCACUUGGCUGGCUCCUAGGGGACAAUUGACCUCUGAACUGAAGUGGGGGAGGGAAGUUAGACUUUUGCCACUCCGGCCUUUUGCCAAGUUUGUUAUUGAGCAGAAAAAAACAUUUUCCAGAGAGUGUCAGGAAACAAUUAGAUUUUAGUGAAAAAAACAUCCAUCCAGCCAUCCAUUUUCUUCCGCUUGUCCCUUUUGGUGUGAAUAAAACGUGAAUUUUAUAAAUAUGACCUAUGUGUUAUUAUAUUUUCUUGCCUGGACUGUGUGACAAGAGGUGGUACUUUCGUGACCUCUGUGAUGUAUUUUUUGUGGACUUCUGGAUCUGCCUCCCGGGAGCCUUUUGGCCAUGGAGACCAGCUGCCACACCGAAGUUGGUUUGGAAAGACUGGAGGAGAUGCGGAUGAGGGGACAGGGCUGCGGAGCUAGCACUGAGCACUGGGACGGAGAGGCUUCGAGGUGUCUUGGCUGGGUGAGCAGGCGUCGGACACCUCAGUCACCUUGGACGUAUCCUUGCUCAUCCAUUGGGUGGAGUCGGCUGUUUCGGUUGCUUUGUUGGGUCUGCUUCUGUCUCUGGCCAUGCUCCCUCCUCCCCAGCGGACGAUGGCGUGGAACACCGCAGAGGCCACCACAGUGGAUAUGUUUCUUUUACUUUUUAUUCAUAGCUGUAUGUAGAAGUGUCUGCUUGUAUCCGCUGUUCACUUGGCUGGCUCCUAGGGGACAAUUGACCUCUGAACUGAAGUGGGGGAGGGGGGUUAGACUUUUGCCAGUCCGGCCUUUCGCCAAGUUUGUUAUUGAGUAGAAAAAAACAUUUUCCAGAGAGUGUCAAGAAACAAUUAGAUCCAUCCAUCCAUCCAUUUUCUUCCGCUUGUCCCUUUUGGGGUGAAUAAAACGUGAAUUUUCUAAAUAUGACCUAUGUGUUAUUAUAUUUUCUUGCCUGGACUGUGUGACAAGAGGUGGCACUUUCGUGACCUCUGUGAUGUAUUUUUUGUGGACUUCUGGACCUGCCUCCCGGGAGCCUUUUGGCCAUGGAGACCAGCUGCCACACCGAAGUCGGUAUGGAGGGACUGGAGGAGAUGCGGAUGAGGGGACAGGACUGCGGAGCUAGCACUGAGCACUGGGACGGAGAGGCUUCGAGGUGUCUUGGCUGGGUGAGCAGGUGUCGGACACCUCAGUCACCUUGGACGUAUCCUCGCUCAUCCAUUGGGUGGAGUCGGCUGUCUCGGUUGCUUUGUUGGGUCUGCUCCUGUCUCUGGCCAUGCUCCCUCCUCCCCAGCGGACGAUGGCGUGGAACACCGCAGAGGCCACCACAGUGGAUAUGUUUCUUUUACUUUUUAUUCAUAGCUGUAUGUAGAAGUGUGUUUGUAUCUGCUGUUCACUUGGCUGGCUCCUAGGGGACAAUUGACCUCUGAACUGAAGUGGGGGAGGGGGGUUAGACUUUUGCCAAGUUUGUUAUUGAGCAGAAAAAAACAUUUUCCUGAGAGUGUCAAGAAACAAUUAGAUUUUAGUGAAAAAACAUCCAUCCAGCCAUCCAUUUUCUUCCGCUUGUCCCUUUCAGGGUGAAUAAAACGUGAAUUUUAUAAA